AUGGUCCGUUCCAAAGAACAAAAUGAUAAAGCUGCGCCAUCACACGCGGCGUCAGUUGCAUUAUCUUCAACCAAUCCUAUCAAAAAAGUAACUAUAAAGAAAACUUUAAAAGAUUUUAUUGUUUCUGAUAAUAAUAUUUCUAUUAUGGAUGGUGGAAAUAUAGAAUCAGGAGAUAUUAAAUUUUCAACAUUAAAAAAAAGUAUAAAAGGAGAUAAUAUAAAUGGAAGAAAAAAAGUAAAAUCAUUAUUAGAAGAAUCAGAAAUUACAAAAAGAAAAAAUAUUAAUAUUGAUAAUGGUAACUGUACCAACAUUAACGACCAAUCCAAUGUUGUUAUCGUGUCCGCAGCAGGCGCAUCUGCUAUUCCAACAACAUCAAUUUAUGCAAUUAAUACAACUACAACUACUCACAAUCCAUCCACUCUUAACCGCAAAAGGACAACAAGAAAAAUGGAUGGACAAACGACAACUGGGUCAAAUUCAAGUAGAUCCACUACUGGUUUGUCAGGAGAAGAGUCAAGAAAUAGUGAAAAUAAACAAAAUAUCAUAACUGAAUUUGGUAUGGUUUCUAUUGAAGAUAAAUGUGAUGACAAUUCUCCAACAUCGUCAAAUAAUCCAUUAAAUACAACUAAUAAUACAAUUAAUGAUUGCCAUCGUCAAUUUCGUUGUGUGGCAUAUUCAAAAGCAAAAAGAGUUCGAUUUUAUCGUAAUGGAGAUCCAUUUUUUAAUGGUGUCGUCCUAGCAAUAUCUUGUGAAAGAUUUCGUUCAUUAACAGUUUUAAUUGAAGAACUUAAUCGUAUUUUAUCAACUUCGGCAUCAUUACCAGCUGGUGUUAGAAAUAUCUUUACAACUGAUGGUACUUUAAAGAUAACAGAUGUCGAAGAAUUAGAAGAUGGUUGUUCAUAUGUAUGUAGUAGUGUUGACUCUAUAAAACUACUAGAUUAUCAAAAUGCUAAACAACCACAAUGGUUGUCGGCUCAUUCUACACGUUUAAGAGAUGGAAUGAGAUUAUCUACUCAUAGGCAUUAUUAUAUAAGGGAAGAGAAUAAUUUUGUUUAUCCAAGAAUUAUAACAAUAAUUCGUAAUGGUGUCAAGCCAAGAAAAGUUUUUCGACAUUUAUUAAAUAAAAAGACAGCUUUAUCAUUUGAACAAGUUACAGCAGAACUAACAAGACUUGUAAAAUUAGAUAGUGGCCUCAUUAGAAGAAUUUUUACAAUCAAUGGAAAAUUAGUAAGAUGCUUAAAAGAUUUUUUUGAUACUGAAGAGGAUGUCUUUUUAUGUUGUGGAAAUGAAAAAGUAAUUUGCGAUGAUUUCGUUCUAGUACAAGAAGAAACAAGAUUAUUAUUUAAUAGAAAUGCUCGUGGUUCUAUAAGAAGAAGAAGAUUACAAAGUGUUAAUCCUGAAAUGCCAACUAGAAAUGAUAGAUUAUCUGUAAAAUCUGGUAGAAUAGGAAGACAAGAAGAUACAAUAGAAAAAAAUGAUAGUGGGUUACCAGGAGAAUUAGGAUGUCAAAUGCAAAUUAUAAGGCUUUUGGGAGAUGGUAACACAGCUAAUGUAUUUGAAGUUAGAUUAAAAGAAAAUGGUGAGGAACAAGCUUUAAAAAUUGUAAAACCAGCAGAUAUACCAAAUUUAGAUAAAUUAAUUGAAAGUGAAUUAUCAAUUAUGUCUAAAAUUGAUAAUGAUUUUAUUGUAAAAAUGUUUAAUCACUGGUACAUUGAUGACCAAUGGUUUAUUUCAUUAGAAUUAAUUCCUGAAGGUGAUUUAUUUGAACAUCUAAGAAAAGUUAAAUCAUUUGAUGAAAGGAGUGCUUCAUCAUUAAUUAAUUGUUUAUCAUCAGCAUUAUGUUAUCUUCAUUCAUUAGGUAUUGUUCAUAGAGAUGUCAAACCUGAAAAUCUUUUAAUUUUUUAUGACUACACUGGAGAGUAUAAUUUACCAUAUCUAAAAUUGGCAGAUUUUGGUUUAGCCUGUGAAUUAAAUGACAAUGAAUUGUUGCUUGAUAUUUGUGGAACACCUACUUAUGUUGCUCCAGAAAUACUAGCAGAACUAGGUUAUCGAGAAAAAGUUGAUUGUUGGUCUACAGGAGUAAUUCUAUAUAUUUUGCUAUGUGGUUUUCCACCAUUUCAAUCUCAAAAUAAUGAUCAAGAACAGUUGUUUGAACAAAUACUUCAAGGAAGUUUCACAUUUCCAUCUCAAAUGUGGAAUAAAAUAUCUUAUUCUGCUAAAAAUUUAGUUUGUAAUAUGUUAACAAUAGAUGUUGAUGAAAGAUAUUCAGCUGAGGCAAUAUUUAACGAUGAAUGGGUAACUUCACUAUCACAUGUAUCUCCGGAAUUUGAGGAUGCUCAAGAAUUUGAAUUCCAUGACCGAAUGGCAAGAAGAGCUUCAAUUCAUCAAAUGACAUUUGAUGACAUGUCUGAUGUAAGUGAAGACGAUGGUUUCUAUUUUAAAAGGCAACGAUCUAUGGAUGAGAUGUCUGCUAGUAGUAUAUGCAAUAGAAAUGAAUCGCCAUUACUAGAAAGAAAAAGAAGUGAUUCAUUUUUUGUCACCAAUAAAAGAUAA